GUGUGUGGAACAUUCUGGUAUAGAAAGAAAAGGAAACCAUUAAGAAACCGACCUUAACGUGUUUUCUUUUUUGUUUUCUGUGGAGGAGGUGCUUUUCUUUCUCCUCUCCUCUAUUAUUAACACAUUCCAAUUCAUUUCUUCAUUCAUCUCUUUCUUCUCUUCUCCACAACGCAUAUUAUUUUCUCUCUUUCUUCUUCUUCUUAUAUUUUUCGAUUUUCCUUUUUCUUCCUCCUUAAAGGAAAAGGAAAAUCCUAAAAGAUAAAAUAAAAUUCUCUUUGAUUUUGAACCCCCCCUAACAUGGCUGAAGAACAUAGAUGCCAAGCAGCUCAACGUCUUUGUGCUAACAACUGCGGUUUCUUUGGAAGUCCUGCCAUGCAAGAUCUUUGCUCCAAAUGUUACCGUGAUUUGCAGAUGAAGGAACAACGUUCUUCAUCUGCAAAAUUGGUUUUAAACCAAACGUUGAUUCCUCAACAGUCUAAUUCUUCUUCUCUAGAUACGGGAAUUAUUCAUCCAUCUUCAACUUCACCGUCGGUGAUGAUAGUUUCUUCAUCUACACCGACGGUGGAGUUGGUAGCUGCUGCUGCUGGACCUUCGGAGGCUGAACCACCGAAGGUCCAGCCAAAUAGAUGUGGGACAUGCAGACGACGCGUGGGGCUGACAGGAUUUAAGUGUCGAUGUGGAUUGACGUUGUGUGGGACCCACAGGUAUCCGGAGCAGCAUGGUUGUGGAUUUGAUUUUAAGGGGAUGGGAAGGGAGGAGAUCAAGAAGGCAAAUCCAGUGGUGAAAGGAGAGAAGCUGAAUAAGAUCUGAAUGAAUCAAGGGUAUUGUUGUAAUUUCGGGGUUGUGAUUGGUUUGGUUGUUUGUUUUUUCUUACAAAAACAAAACAAAAAAGGAGAAAUUGUUGGGAUUUGGUGUUUGUUGUUAUUUCGUUGUUAUGAUUAUCAUUUGUUAAUAUUAGCUUAAUAAAAAUUUGAUUUUAGUUUCCAAGUUUUCUA